UUUAAAGCUGUUCCAGAGCGCUGUGCAACGAGCGUAAAGUUGCAUUAGAGCAAAAAAUUUGACGCAAAAACAAAAUUUCGGAGAUCUGCAAUUGAACGACAAAUCGCGAUACUCAGGUUUGGAAAAGACUCUUUUGGCACACCAGAAUUUUCUACGCCACUAGCUAUGAGAAAAUGUCUCAAAUCGUAAACUUUUUCAACAUAAAUGUGCCCAUAUUGAAGAUGAUUUCGAUUGGAUUCAAGCCUGUUCAGAGUCUUUUACUAGUGACAGGUGUUGGACUUGUUAGUUAUUUUACGAGGGAAUACAGGUUUGAACUGAGCAAAGGCAAUCCUCAACCAGAUCCUUACGACAUUGGUAAACUUGGACGAUACGAAUUCUAUCUGUACACUGCCAGUGUUGGUAUAAUAAUUUCCGGUUUGGCCCUUGUGUGUAUAUUACGUGGACUUUUGGAGAAAAAAUAUGGCGCAACAAGCAUGGCCAUUGUGCAAGCAUUGUGGGCGUCCCAGUUGAUGAUUUCAACAGCUCUGCUCUUUAAAGUCUUAACCACAUACCAGGAAACAACUGCAUCUGGCACACCGUACUGCGAAUACUGGAACAAAUUGCCAGAGAGGGAGUAUCACCACACUUGUGGCCAGUUAAUCGGUGGAGUGGUAUGUGGUAUCUUUGCAUUGGCUCUGUUUGCUCUGGACAGCAUUAUCUCAAUGAUUUUUGUGCUCAAGUCAGAAGCUUGAUUUGAACCUAUAAUUUAUAUAUACUUGCUAUAUUUAGUAAUACUAUAUUUUAUCAUUAUAUCAUUUUCUUGGUAUAAACUUAAGGGAAAUUAUCGAUAUAUCAUAAACAAUCAAACUGAUGUAAUUUUAAUUGAUAUAAUCGUCGAAUGUAGAGUAUUGAAUGUGAAUGUGUGUAGUGUUGAAAUUCUCAAAUAUCCGUGUUAAUUAUUUUUGAAAAAUUCUUUAUCCUACAAUUAGACAGAUCAAGCCCCGGAUGCUAAGCCUAGCGCCUAUUGGCUACAUAAAUGCCUCCUUAGU